AUGGAAGCUCGCAUAAAAAACAUUUUGAAGGGCAUUCGCAAGCUCAAACAUCCGGAGGGCCAUCUGAUGAUACUCUCAUUCGAGAAAUUGCCAGAUAAGACCGACUUGCCAGACUAUUACAUUGAAAUCAAGGAACCCCUAGCUAUUGAGCAAAUCAAACGAAAGGCUAAGCGCAAGAAGUACCAUUCAGUUGAUCAUUUCCUGAGGGAUAUGGAUGUUAUGUUUAAUAACUGUAAAUCGUAUAAUAUGGAAGACAGUCAAGUCUACAAAGACGCGGUCUCUCUCCAAGCCGAAACACACAAGCUUGCGAAAGAAGAGACAUCAAAACCUGACACAGAGUUUGCUUUGGAAGAAGGUCGAUUACCUUUGCCUGAAGGUAUCUUGUACAACGAGGAACUGUGGAAAAUAGGUGACUGGAUCCAUGUCCAAAAUCCUAACGACGUGACUAAACCUGUUGUUGCCCAAGUCUAUCGUACGUGGCAAGAUGGGGACGGCGACAAAUGGAUAAAUGCAUGCUGGUAUUACAGGCCGGAGCAGACUGUGCACCAGUUUGAGAAACACUUUUUUCCAAAUGAAGUAGUCAAGACUGGUCAGUAUCGAGAUCAUCGCAUUGACGAGAUUGUCGAUCGAUGCUUUGUUAUGUUUGUGACGCGAUAUAGUCGGGGUAGACCCCGUGGGCUUGGUGUUGGUAAAGAAGUCUAUGUCUGUGAGUCCCGCUACAAUGAGGAAAAGCACAGGUUCAACAAGAUCAAAACAUGGGCAAGCUGCUUGCCGGACGAAGUGAGGGAUAAAGACUACGAGAUGGAUCUUUUCGAUGCGCCCAAGAAGAUCAGGAAGGUCCCAAGUCCUCUUUUACAUUUGCUCAAGGAUGAGGGCACAGAGGCAAAUGCAAACCCUAGAUGGGGUGUGAAAAAUGCCCCUCCGAUUGUAGGUGCCGUGUUCAAGGGCCCGAGAGAUGAGAAUCAAUCUCCCCCACCAGAGCCUACUCCUUCUCCUCCACCACCACAAACGACAAAGCCGAAAAGUAUGUCGUAUAACACGCCCGAUUACCGUGCGACUGAAACGAGAGCAGCAAGUAGCAACGCCUCGCACAUUAAUCACGCAGCAUCCUAUGGUUCAUCGCAACUCCCCCAAUAUCACGGAAGUUCCACGUCACCUGCGCCACUGCACCAUCCCCACCAAUUCACACAGCAAGCUGCCAGCGGCUAUACGCAGCCAAGUCAACAUUAUGGAACAGCACAGAAUCGAUUUGCCCCGCCUGAAAGAACACAAAGCUCAGAGUCCAGCUAUCAACGGUCCGAUGAAGUUUACCGUUUGCCCGGAAACGCCAAUCUGGCCAUUCCAGAAGAAAUUCGAAAUCAAUUCCAGCAGGAUGAGCAUGGUCAUGUCCUGUUCUUUACUGCUCCACCAAUUGAUACUCUUCCACCUGUCAAGCCAGGCUCAGCCAUCGGUCAUACAGCGCGGUAUCUUGCGGACAAGCUGCGGACUGAGUUGGCUGCGAAGGAAAAAGAGAAAGCUGGAAGAGGGCCGUUGCCAAAGCGGGCAAAGCAGGCUGAAGAUGAAUUGGAACUCAGUCAGCAGAUCCAGACAACUUCAGAAGAGGCGCUUCAGCUUCUGAUCAAGCAGAUGCACAACGGUCGAGAUCAGAUUUACAAAGACUUGUGCGGAGAGCACUGGGAAGAGAGGAAGCGGCACGAAGACGAAUCAUUAAAAGUGAAGCAGGCGAAGGCCAAGAAGGAGAGGGCGGAACUGGAAGAGAGUAGAGGGCGCAGAACUGAGAGUAGGCAGUUGACACUCGUUCCAGGGACGGUGUUCAAAGAUGACUGGGACCCGAGGACUUUUAUCGUUGAAGACAAAUAUUAUACCGAGUUAGCAUUGGAUUACAGGAUCUUUCGACCUCCGACCUUUGCUGUCUUCGUUGGUCAUGUGAGAUACACCGCUUGGGUGGUUUGCCAGUCGGUCCAGACCGAUUUAUGGUUCACGCAAGAGAGAUCCUUUGGGCCAAGGCAAGUCUCAAGGCUCAACAAUGGGACGGCCGAGUCUUUCAUCACCUUGAAUCCCAUCUCUUGA